GCGUCUGGGGAGUGUGGGGCCUGGCUCACCAGGCUGCUGGUUUCUGACCAUCUGUAACUGGAGCUGGGCUUGCCGUGGCUCUGGCCCUGAUCCGUUGGGUGGAGCAGCAGCAGCAGGUCUCGGUGCUUCCUUCCCUGAGCAGGACUGUAGGCAGGGCACAGAGCUGCAACCCUGGCAGGGCUUGGACACAAGGGGUCCAGCUUUGUAGGCAGGGCCGAGGGGUCUUGGCGUCAGAGGUCAGAGGGCACACAAGCCCUGCCUGAUCAGCCUGCCACCCCCUCAGAGACAGUGGGUGAUGUCACAAUGCUCUGCCUCCCACUACUGCAUCUGCUGCCAGCCUGGCAGGAAGGUGCCCGGGGGCGGCCCCGGCUCCUCUCUGGGACCUUGGAAGAGGCCUGGGGCAUGUGCCAUUAGAGGCCCCCAAAGCACCCCUCAGAGGACAAGGAGGAACCUCCCUGAAGUGCUAGGCAGUGUGGGACUUAGUCCACGCGUCCCCAAGGUAAUUGGAGUCGGGUUUUGGUUUUGUUUGGGGGAGGGGUUUCCCUUCCAGGCUGGAAGGCUGCCCUCCCUCUGGAGACUUUGUCCCCUGGGGAUGAGGGCCCAGGGGGGUCUGCCCUCGCUUAGACUCCACCAACGACCCACAGAAGCAGGGGCCGUGGGGAUGGCCGAGGGUAGCUGGUCAGCCCCUGGCAGGUUAGCACCUUGGUCAGUGUUGGGAAGUCAGCAGGAUGCUUCUGCUUUGGGGAGCAGGACCCCAAGUCAGGCCUGUGGCGGGAAGGAGUCCCUGUGCUGGUCACAGCCAGCCCUCUAGAACAGGCCAGCUGCGUGAGCUUGGGAUCCCUGGGCACGUCAUCAGAGCAGGCUGGCUCCUCUCUUCUUGCCGAGAGGAGGGCCCCUCAGCAUCUGGUCUGGUCGGCAGAGUGGGCACCAGCCUUUCCACAGCACCACGCCUGGUAGCAGAGUGGGAGCUCCCUAUGCCAGCAGCAGGAUCGGGGUGUGGCAGGGAGUGAGGCCAUUGCUGUCAGGCCAGCUGCCCUAGGAGCGGACGGCUCGGGCCACCUCCUGCAAGGAGGCUGAGGUUCCUGCCUCCCGACGUCCUGGGGCUCAGAGAUUCCUGGUGGCCCUUUAGUUUAGCACAUGCAAAGGUGUGAGCUGAUCGCCUCCUGAUCGGAGGCGCUGACCACGGAGCCUGCUUCUUACUCACGGCCUAUGCCACUGGGCUCGUCCCUUUAGAUGUCACCAGCAUGGUGUCUGGUGUCUUCCCUGAUAUGGUCUUGUCGGGGUGGGGCCCUCUGCUCCCAGCUGCCUACUGUGAGGCCGGCUCCUGUAUAAGACCCUAGGCAGCUCCUCUUGGACUGUGGGAUGCUCUGGAUGGUGCUGUGGCCAUGGUGGGCGUAGGUGACUCCGGCUGGGCGCACUGUGAUGAGCCAUCCUUAGACAAUCAAGUGCUUUCUGGAAAACCAGUGCCUCAGGGGAGGUGGCUGGACUCAGCAAAACAGGACGUCAGUUUCAAUUUCGUAUGAACACAAGUAAUUUGUCAUUAUAAGUGAGUCUCGUGUUUUGUGGGACGUACUUAUUCUAAAGAUUAUUUGUUGUUCACAUGAAAGUGAAUUCACUGAGUGCAUUGUGUAUUUUACCGGGCAAGCCUGCCUGGAGAUUCUGUGAGAAGUUCCUAUGGCCAGAGGGGUUUGGAAACUUGUCCACACCUCUUUGGAGAGCAUGGAUGCACGUUGGAUUAGAAAUACGAGUUGUAGUUACAAGAAUACAUAUGUUUACACACUCAGAUGUAUGGUGUUAGUUUAUCGCUGUAGUGUGCUCCCUUGGGUUAGACUUGGGGUCCUUGCAUGUUGCCUGAUGGUUCCCCCUGGGAAGCAUCCAGGCCUCCAGCCUCGCAGCCAGGCUGCGUGGGAGGGGCAGGCUUGCUGUGCUCAACCACCUUCUUGUCUUGCUUUUAACGCUGCGUGGAAGAUGAGGAGCGGGAAGGCCUCCUGCGCCCUGGAGACCGUCUGGGAGGACAAGCAGAAGUACGGGGACGCGGAGAGGCGCUUCUACGAGCAGGAGGCCAUGCGAGCCGCCACUGCCCAGCAGCGCCUGGCCGAGGCGCCCACUGCGAAUGGGCCCGGCCAGCAGGACACCGAGGAGGUGUGGGAGGCAGCGGCCCCCAGCAGCUGCAGGGGCGACCCUGGGAAGGGCUGCGAUGGGGCAAGGCCCCUGCAGAAGAAGAGGAAGCGCUCCCCGAAGAACUGGCUCGGUCAGGUGGACCUAGCCCUCGUGGGCCUCUCGGCCGACCACGUCUGGCUGGACAAGCCACUUUUCGAUCAGGCUGAGAGCUCCUACCACCAGAGGCUGGCAGACGUGGCUGCCCAGGCAGCCCGGCCGCCUGCUCUGGCCCCCAAAGGUCCCUGCACCCACGGAAGCCAGGUGGCCUGCCACCACGUGACCUGGGGCAUCUGGGUCAACAAGCCUGCCUUCGACCGGGCCGAGCGGGCAUUCGUGCAGUGGUCUCAGGCUUUGCUGUUGGCUGCAGAGGGCAGCAACAGGCAGGGGACUCCCGACACAAGCCAGCGGGCACCCGCCCCCGACCUGGCCCUCACCCGCCAGCCCAGCCCCCCGGCCAACGGCCAGCCCCCGCUGGGCAGCCUGCAGGCCCUGGUGCAGGAGGUGUGGCUGGAGAAGCCCCGGUACGACGCAGCCGAGAGGGGCUUCUACGAGGCCCUGUUUGAUGGCCACCCCCCCGGGAAGGUGCACCUGCAAGAGCGAGGCAGCCAGGCUGAGGGCGCCAGGCGGGGCCGCAGAGACCGGCGGGGCCGCAACGCUGUGGGGAGCCGGCGGGCCGGGCCUCGGCGGGUUGAUGGGGUGGUUCCCUCGACCCUGCCCUACUGGUACUUCCUGCACAAGGACGCUGAGGCCCCCUGGCUCAGCAAGCCCACCUACGACAGUGCAGAGUGCCGCUACCAUGCUGCUGAAGCUGUGCGCAUGGCCUGCUGCCUCGAGGCCACGGUUCUGGCUCACCGACCCGCUGCCCGGGCUGGCCCAUCUGUGUCCAGCCUGAGACCCAACAGGAAAAUGGCCACAAACUUUCUAGUGCACGAGAAGAUCUGGUUCGACAAGUUCAAGUAUGACGAUGCGGAGAGGAAAUUCUACGAGCAGAUGAACGGGCCUGUGGCUGGCUCCUCGCGCCAGGUAUGGGCUGCACUUGGGACCACUGGGUGUCUGCCGGCACCAGGAGGACAGGCACUUUCUGCCCAGCGGCUGUUCCAGAGCUCAGGCCCAGCGGCCUCCAGCGGGCCUGGCGGAGACCACAGUGAGCUCAUCACCCGCAUCGCCAGCCUGGAGGUGGAGAACCAGAGCCUGCGAGGCGUGGUGCAGGACCUGCAGCAGGCCAUCUGCAAGCUGGAGGCCCGGCUGAGUGUGCUGGAGAAGGGCUCGUCUGCUCACCGGGCCACAGCCCCGCAGACCCAGCACGUGUCCCCCAUGCGCCAAGUGGAGCCCCCCACCAAGAAGGCAGCCACUGCCACGGAGGAUGACGAGGAUGACGAUAUCGACCUGUUUGGCAGUGACGACGAGGACGACAAGGAGGCCGCCCGGCUGCGAGAGGAGAGGCUGCGGCAGUACGCAGAGAAGAAGGCCAGGAAGCCCGCGCUGGUGGCCAAGUCCUCCAUCCUCCUGGACGUCAAGCCCUGGGAUGACGAGACGGACAUGGCCCAGCUGGAAGCCUGCGUGCGCUCAGUCCAGCUGGACGGACUGACCUGGGGGGGCUCCAAGCUGGUGCCCGUGGGCUACGGUAUCCGCAAGCUCCAGAUCCAGUGUGUGGUGGAGGACGACAAGGUGGGCACCGACCUGCUGGAAGAGGAGAUCACCAAGUUCGAGGAGCACGUGCAGAGCGUGGACAUUGCUGCUUUCAACAAGAUCUAAGCACGCACUGGGCCUGGGCGUGGGCCUGGCCUGCAGCCAUUAAAGACUGAGUGAGACCCAG